UCUCCACUCUGUUUCUUUCUUUUCAAUGAUCAUGGCUGCACGCAAUAACACCAGCCAUGUUUGCUAAUUUGGAACCUAGAGGUUAGCGAUUAGCUGCCUAUUUACUAUUUACAUCGGCUUUGGCCUCUUCAAUUUCAACUUAAAUUGGAAACCCAAAGACACGGACUUCUUGGAAAACAAAGAUUGCAAGAUGGAGGCAAACAACCAGUACAACUUUGGGGGCCACCCCCCGGUGUCAGCAAACUCAGGCCUGAAGCCGUCCUCGGGGGAGUCCCUCUAUACCAAUGGCUCUUCCAUGAGCUUCUCUCAGCAGGGAAAGAAUCUCAAUGGCGACUUGAAUGUGAACGGCAUCACUACUGUAGCUGGGACCAGCGUGGCUGGCCCACACCCCCCCACCUCUUACUCUCACAUGAGCGGCCACCACCAGCACCACAGCAGCCUGGGAUACGACUACCUGUGGGGCCCGCCUCAGUACAGCCCCGCCACGGGUGCCGGGCGGGGGGCCGCCAUGCACCACAAGCAGGGCCCCGGGGCCGCGCUGCAGCAGCACUUCCAGGGCCACGCCCAGUACCAGGCCAACGGGGGCCCGGUGCGCUCCCAGCCCGCCCUCGCGCCGCCCCCGCCCAAUGUCACCUUGACGGGGGGUCAGUACUGGAGCAGGGGCAGCCCCGCCCAGCAGCACAGCGGUUCUGCCAUGGCGGCAGGCUACGGCUCGCACGGCGGGUACGGGGCCUACCAGGGUCAGGUGCACCCCGGCAUGGCCCCCGCCCAGCAUCACCGGCAGCAGGUCCACCCACAGCCACACCUCCACCACCACCACCACCAUCAGCAGCAACAGCCACAUCAGCAGCAGCAGCAACAGCAGCAGCAGCAUCAUCAUUAUGGCAUGGUUCCUAAUGGCAUGUCCUACUACCAGUUCCAGGCUUCGCCCCACUCACAGGCCCCUCCUCAUCCUCAAGCCCUACCCCAUUCUCAGGCCCUACCCCUGUCACAGGCAUCACCCCAUUCUCAGACCCUACCCCUGUCACAGGCAUCACCCCAUUCUCAGGCCCCGCCCCACUCACAGGCCCCACCCCAUUCUCAGGCCCCGCCCCAUUCUCAGGCCUUGCCCCACACCCAGACUCCGCCCCACUCCCAAACUCCACCCCACUCCCAGACUCUGCCCCUCUCACAGGCCCUGUCCCACUCCCAGACUCCGCCCCACUCCCAAACCCCACCCCACUCUCAGAAUCUGGCCCUCUCGCAGGCAUCACCUCACUCACAGUCGCUAACCCACUCCCAGACCUCACCCCACUCCCAAACUCCACCCCACUCCCAGACUCUGCCCCUCUCACAGGCCCUGUCCCACUCCCAGACCUCACCCCACUCCCAAACCCCACCCCACUCCCAGACUUUGCCCCUCUCACAGGCCCUGUCCCACUCCCAGACUCCGCCCCACUCCCAAACCCCACCCCACUCCCAGACUUUGCCCCUCUCACAGGCCUUGUCCCACUCCAAGACUCCGCCCCACUCCCAAACCCCACCCCACUCCCAGACUUUACCCCUCUCACAGGCCCUGUCCCACUCCCAGACUCCGCCCCACUCCCAAACCCCACCCCACUCCCAGACUUUGCCCCUCUCACAGGCCCUGUCCCACUCCCAGACUCCGCCCCACUCCCAAACCCCACCCCACUCCCAAACUCUGCCACACUCACAGGGCCUGUCCCUUUCUCAGGUCCUGCCCCACCCCCAGACUCCGCCCCUCUCCCAGGCAUCUCCCCACUCUCAGACUCCACCCCAGUCGCAGGCCCCGCCCUCGGCUCAGUUCCCCCCGCUGUCGCAGAUAAUGCCCCCGACCUCACAGAGCUUCACCCCGCCUCGCCACAGCCCCCAGCACCACAGCGUCAGCCGAAUGGCCCCUGGCAGCCCCCUCCCAAUGCAGGCCUCUCCUGUGCCCGUAAUGCCCCCCUCGAGUAGCCCCCUUCCCGUGCAGGCACCCCCUGUGCCCAUCAUGCCCUCUUCCAUGCGGGAGAACGGGGCCUUGGUUCGAGAUGGCCCCCUGGGGCGCUCCAGCUCCCAGCCUGCUGGCUCCCAAGGGAGUUUGAAUGAGAUGUACGAUGGCGUGGACAGCAGCUUCGGCCGGGUGGAGAGCGUUUCGGCCCCCCAGCACCCGUCCCAGGCGGAGGGGUUCUCUCACAGGCCGACCGCCUUCACCGGCGGGCCGCCAGGGGACUUUGGGCAGCGGGCCCAGCUCUUCCCCUCUGACCCGGUACACCUCGCGGCCAGGCGGUACAAGGAAGGAGAAGCGCAGAGGGACUCUGGUCCUGCGGCUGUUCCCCCCACUUCCGUGGCGCCCGUUGCUCCAGCGAUCUCCGCUCCCUCUUCAGCUCUACCGGUCACCGCCACUUCUGCGCCGCCUGCCCCUCCAGCGGGUCCCGCUCCCUCUGCGCCGCCCGUGGCUCCAGUGGUUCCCGCUAAGUCUGUAGCACCCGUCGCUCAAGCGGUUCCCGCUAACUCUGCGGUGCCUGUGGCUCCCGCGGUUCCCGCUAAGUCUGCGGCGCCUGUGGCUCCAGCCGGUCUCCUCUCCCCUGUUCCUCAGACUGGCCCUGCUGCUGCGGCUAAGUCUGCUCCAGCCGUGGCACCUGCUCUUCCUCUGACACCUGUUCCUCCAGCUGCGUCCGCUGCUCCCUCAGCCCCUGCUCGUUCUGCGAGUGCUGCUCCUCCUGUGGUGUCUGCACCACCCGCAAGUUCCGCUCCUCCUGCUGCCCCUCCUCCGCUAAUCCCAGUGGAAACCCAGUCUGAGCGGGCCAGGGUCUUUCUCUCCAAGAACCCCCCUCCUCCUGAUCUUUCUGCCAACCAGGAGGCCGUGGGCCUUGGCCCCUGGGAGAAGGGGGCGGGGCCUGUGACUGUUCACCAGCGUACGUCUCCUCUGAUUGGCCGGGUCUUGGAUGCGGGGUCAGGGGCGGGAGAGUGUGCGGUUGGACCUAGGAGCAGCGAGCCAUUGCCAGCCGAUCGUGGGGGCACCCCCUCCCUGGCGGGGCAGCAUCCCUUCGGGGACGUCCAGGCACGGGAGGCCGCCGCCACGGAUGACACGCUCGGAAGCACCUCUCAUGCCGAUAGCUCAUUGGCCGAUGAGAGCUGGGUCACCGAGGACUCCGAAGAGCCUGACGAGACUCGGAAUGAGGAUGUGUUGGACAAAGGGGAAAUGGCGGAAAUGGGCUCUACGGCAGAGGAUUCCCAGGCAGACUGUUCCUCUCUUCUGGAAGAGUCCUUCAACAAGUCCUCCCAGAGUGCCAUCUCCGUAUCCUCCGCCUUUGACAGCUCCACCUCCCCCCACUCCGCCUCUGACGCUGAUGAUUCCCGUGAGGCAGAGGAUUUGGGGGGCCAGGAUGCCCCUGAUUCGGCUCGGGGGGGCUUGGUGGUGCAGCGCAGUGGUGCAGGUGUAGAGGGGCUCCCAGUCAAAGACACGGCCCUGACACCUCCUGCACCCCCGGGCAGCCGCUGCAAACUCCCCAACGCUGGAACACCUGUGGAGACUGCCCCCAAGACCCGCACCCUCCCUGUGCACGUACCCCAGGAGUCCCCGGUUUCCAGGGGCAGGUCCACAGCAGUAGAGGGAGGGGUCCGAACCACAGAGGAGAGGGAGAGAGGGGUGGAGAAGAGAAAGGUGAAGGCAGCAGGAGCUGCCUCUGAGGGUAGGGCGGCCGAUCCUGCUAAGGGUCAACCCACCCAUCGCCAAGAGCCAAUUGGCUCAUCCCCUGGGCCUGGCCCCUCCCACCAACCCAAUCUGGCCACUCCGAAACCUCGGAAAAGGGUGAGAAAAGAAGAGAAGGUGGCAAAAGAAGCGAAGAAAGCAAAAAAAGAAGAUCUGAAAAUGAAGAAAGUCCCGGCCAAGGCAACGGUCAAGGCAACUGCUAAAGGAACGGCCAAGGGGGCCCCAAAGGGGACCGGGAAGGGCUCGGCGAAAUUACCCAAAGCUCCGAAGGUGGAGGCUCCACCGCAGGAGGAUGAUGAUGAGGAUGAGGAUGAAACCACAGCCAAUGGGGAGGUGCAGAGGAGGAGGAUAGCGACGGAGGAGCAAGUGAAGUUCCCUCUGCUGAACGGGUGGAGGCGGGAGGUCCGCGUGCGGAGGUGCGAGAAUCGGCUGAAAGGAGAGACCUGGUACUACAGCCCCUGCGGGAAGAGGAUGAAGCAGUUCCCCGAGGUCAUCAAGUAUCUGAGCCGCCACCCCGUCACCGUGGUGACCCGGGAGCACUUCAGCUUCAGCCCCCGCAUGCCUGUGGGCGACUUCCUCGAGGAGCGGGAGACGCCGCAGGGUGUGGAAUGGGUCCUCCUGGCAGACGAAGAGGUGCCCUCCAUGAUAAUGGCCAUUACGGGCAGGCGUGGUCGUCCCCCAAAUCCGGACAGGGUGCGUCCCCGUCCCAGGCCCCGUGCUCGUGCAAGCCAAAACCAGAAGGGCCCCGCUCGCCGCCCUGGGAGGCCCCCUAAAGAUAAGAUGGCAGACCUGCUGCUGAAGAAACUGGAGGUGCAGGAGACGCUGAGUGAAGAAGAGAAGGAGAAGCUGAUUAAGAUGAUGAAGAAGAUGCGACGAAAGGCCCGGAACAAAAAGAAGGAAGAGACCAAGAUUAAAAAGGUUCGACAGGGGAAGCGGAAAGCCAAGGUGGAGAAAGGCAAGGAAGCCAAGGAGCAGGAAGAGAAGGAGGGUACCCCAGAGACCGGCACCCCCAAACCGGCGCCCGAGCCCAAGAAGCAGAGGCGGAGGAAGAGGGCGAAGGCGGAGGAGAAGGCGGAGGAGGUGGUUCCGCCGCCGCCGCCGGAGAGGGCGAAGAGGGGCUGCGGGGCGCGGAGCAAGGCCAAGGCUCUGGCCAAGGCCAAGGCGGAAGCUGAGGCCCAGGCCGCCGCCGCAGCCGCCGCCAAGAGGCAGGCGGAGCGCCGGGCCCAGGCACAGCGCCGCCUGCAGGAGAGGAAGAGGCAGCAGCUGCUCCUGGAGGAGCUGAAGAAGCCCACGGAGGACAUGUGCAUCACCGACCACAAGGCUCUGCCCGUGUUCUCCAGGCUGCCGGGCCUGAUGCUGUCGGGUCGAGCCUUCUCGCACUGCCUGGCGGUGGUGGAGUUCCUGCACAGCUAUGGGAAGGUGGUGGGCCUGCAGCUGCCCCGGGACCUGCCCAGCCUGGCCACCCUGCAGGAGGGGCUCCUGGGCCUGGGCAACAGCCAGGGGGAGCUCCAGGACCUGCUGGUGAAACUGGUACAGGCUGCCCUGCGUGACCCUGGCCUGCCCCCUUAUUACCAGUCGGUGAAGAUCCUGGGGGAGAAGCUGGCGGACCUGGAGCUGAACCGCAGCAGCGUGUCGGAGGGCCUGCGCGUGUUCCUGGAGGCGCGCGGGUUCGAGGCCGACGUCUGCAGCAGCCUGCGCUCCAAGCCCUUCCAGGCGCUGCCCCCGGACGCCAAGGCCGCCAUGCUGGGCUUCCUGGUGGACGAGCUCAACAGCAGCAACAUCGUCAUCAGUGAGAUUGAUAAGACACUGGAGAACAUGGCUAUCUACAGGAAGAACAAAUGGGGCAUUGAAGGCAAAUUGCGCAGGCUGAAGGCGGCGCUGGCGCGGCGGACGGGGCGCUCGGAGGUGGAGCUGUGCCUGGAGGAGCGGAGGCGCAGUGCCCGCGUGGCGGAGGAGGAGAGCCUGAGCCUGGAGGAGGGCGUGGUGCUGGAGAGGGGCAGCCGCCGCGCCCGCCGGGAGGAGCCCAAACUCAGCGAGGGAGAGAGCCCCACCACCGCCAGUGUCCCUGAACUGGAGAGACAGAUCGAUAAGCUAACCAAGCGUCAGGUAUUUUUUCGUAAGAAGCUGCUUCAGUGCUCCCACACCAUGCGGGCGGUGUCGCUGGGCCAGGACCGGUACCGGCGCCGAUACUGGGCUCUGCCUCACCUCGGGGGAGUGCUGGUGGAGGGAGCAGAGGAGAUCCUGGGGUCAGGAGAUGUGCUUGUGAAGGAGGAGGAGGAGCCCCAGGUCCCGGCUGAGCCCCCCGUCUCGCCUGUGAAGACUGAGCCUGCGACGGACCUCGCCGUGUCCGCGCCCACCGCCGCCCCGUCCCCUCAGGAGGAGGACCCCCUCCCCGGCACGGCGUCCCUGAUGAGCAGCCCCCGGGGGCGGGGCCGGCCCCGCAAGAUCAAGCCGGAGGUGGAACUCCACCUGAGAACCGCCAAAAACCGGCGGCGGCGACGCAGCAGCAAGGCCGGGGCGGAGGAGUCCCCCGCCGGGGGCCCGGCCAGCCAGAACGGCUACGACGUCACGCAGUCCGCCUUCCUGGCCUGGCUCAGCCAAUCCCAGGGCUCGGUUCAGGGUUCGACAGGCGACGGGCUGCCCGGGGCGUGUCCACAGGACGGUGACAGCGUGAAGGAGAUGGCGGAGAAGCAGGGACAGUGGUUCAACCUCCUCCCCAAAACGCCCUGCGACGGCUCCUCCCUCUUGCAGUCCCCCCUCCCGAACUCCGCCUCCAAAGACCAGACCCCGCCUCCUGGCCUCCUGCCCAUCUUCGCCGUUUCUCCCCUACAGUCGCGUCUGCUGUUCUCGGCCCUCAGCCCUCAGGUGAGCUCCACCCCUGUCCCGAAGCCGGGCGGGAGGCGGAGGAGGGCCAGCGGGCCCUCCCUGACCCCCACCGACCCCUCCGCCCUCGGCUACUCCAUCCCCGGAACCAAGCGGCGCGGCCGGCCCCCCUCCAAACUGCUGCAGGAGAUCGAGCAGAAGUACUUCACCCAGCUCAUCCCACGGCCCAUUCCCACGGGGAUGGUGCGUGGGUGGUGGUGGAUCAGGAAGCCGGAGGAGCUGUCGGCCCUGGUGGAGGCGCUGCACCCGCGGGGCAUUCGCGAGAAGGCCCUGCACAAACACCUGUCCAAACACAGCGAGUACCUGGCGGAGGUGUGCGCCGGACCCAUCAGCGACCCCGUGUUCCAGGAGAGGGCGGAGCCGGACCCCGCCCUGGCCCAGGCCGUGCAGGAGCCGUGGGCGGAGACGGCGAAGGCCAUGGAGGCGGACGUGAGGGUGCUGCAGUGGGUGGAGGACCUGGAGCAGAGGGUCAUCAUGGCAGACCUGCAGCAGAAGAAGGGUCCGCAGAUGGAGAGGAGCGACGACGACUGUAGCGCGGAGUCCGCUGCCCCAGAACCUCAGGGCUUCAGCCUGCCCGAGCCCGACUCCACCCGGACGGACCUGGAGUACCACCAGCACGCGGUGGAGGCGCAGGACGACUGGAUCGUGAAGACGAAGCGGGAGUGGUCCGGCUUCCUGCGGCUGCAGAGCAACCCGCUGGACCUGGCGGUGCUGCGGCUGGCGGCGCUGGAGUGCAGCAUCGAGCGCCGCUACCUGAAGGAGCCGCUCUGGAACCUGGCCGAGGUGGUGCGCCUCGCCCCCCUCACCCCGCCCCCCGGGGACCAGCCGCCCGCCGAGGUGGAGAGUGUGGAGAGCGAGAUCACUCCUCGGCUGCGGCUGUGGAGGCAGGCGCUGGAUCGCUGCCGCAGCUCCUCCCAGCUCUCCCUGUGCCUCCUCCAGCUGGAGCGCUCCGUCGCCUGGGAGAGAUCCGUCAUCCGAGUGACCUGCCUGGUGUGCCGGAAAGGCGACAACGACGAGUACCUCCUCCUGUGUGACGGCUGCGACCGCGGCUGCCACAUGUACUGCCUGCGCCCCAAGAUCUCCCAGAUCCCCGAGGGGGACUGGUUCUGCCCCGUGUGCGCGCCCAAGGAGAACGGGGACUCCCAGCGGCCACGCCGCACCCCCAAACGGAAGUCCUGCAUGCAGAAGAGGCUGGUGGAGGGCUACGGCUCGGGGAGCUCGGACGAGGACCCCAGCCCCCGCAGGGACCGGGGCAUGGCCACGCGCCAGAGGGACGGCUCCGCCCCCUCCCACGCCCGCUUCUCAGGGGAGGGCGCCAGCUCCGCCUGCUCGCCAUCCAAACGCCGGCGCAUGGUCACCCGCAACCAGCCGGACCUCACCUUCUGCGAGAUCAUCCUGAUGGAGAUGGAGGCUCACGCGGACGCCUGGCCCUUCCUGGAGCCUGUGAACCCGCGGCUGGUGCCCGGGUAUCGCCGCAUCGUCAAACACCCCAUGGACUUCCUCACCAUGCGGGAGCGCCUCCUACAGGGCGGCUACUGCAGCUGUGAGGAGUUUGCGGCCGACGCCCAGCUGGUGUUUGAUAACUGCCAGCUGUUUAACGAGGACACGUCGGAGGUGGGCCUGGCCGGACACGCCAUGAGGCGCUUCUUCCAGAGCCGCUGGGCGGAGUUCUACCAGGACAAGGACCAAUAGGGGCGUGCGGGUGCGCGAGGGGGGCGGGGCCCGGGGACUAGCGGCCCCGCCCCCUCCAGACAUUUCCUGUUGCUACUAAAACUGCUGCGUGUGGUCCCCCAGGGCUUCACGGCGCCCCCCUGUGUACAAAUGUAUAUUUAUAUUGAUUUCUUUUGUGGUGUUUCCAAACCAGCUGCAUUUUGCUGGGCUCACAAAAACACUUCCACGCUCCGCUGUAUUGAGAGAGUCUCUCUCUCUCUCUCUCACACACACACACACACACACACACACACACACACACAGACCCUCCUUCCUGUUUCUACAUCCCCCUCUCCCAGCGGUUGUGCGUGGGUGGGGGCGGGGGCGAGGUGGGGGGUGAGGAAUGGGGGCAGUCCGUUUCUCACGCUCUGGGCUGGACAAGCCUGACGGCGGGGGGGGGAUGUUCCUCUGAACGCCGAGUUCACAGCAAUGCCACGUCACACACACUCGAGGGCGCCGCCGCACGGCGCAAAGUGUUUCUCCUUAACGCUGUCUUCGCCCUGCGUUCGGGGCUUGUAGUGGUCUCCUGGACAGAGGCACUUUGUUUUCUCUCGUUACUUUUUAUGGUAUAUAUAUAUAUAUAUAUAUAUAUAUGUAUACAUAUAUAUAUAUAAAUGUAAGGAAAUAGCCUGGACUAUUUAAUAGCAAUAGGAUGUAGUGCGUGUGUACAGACCACAUAUUAGAGAUCUAAGAAAUUCAUGAAAUGGCCAGUAAACACAUUGAUAGGAAAUACUUUUAUCUUUUUUUCCCCCCAAACUGCCUGACGUAGUCAGGCACAAUGGCUUCCCUGUGUCCUGAUGCUGCUUGAUGUGCAAGACUGUCCCAACUUAGCAGCAGGGCUCAUCCACUGAUCCGGCCUGGGGUUCCCCCUCCCUGCGUCCUCACCCCCCCCCCCCCCCCCCCCCCAUCCGUUUCAACGCCUGGUUUAUAUUAAAGCAAUAUACUAGAGCGGGGCAGUUCAGUGGGGAAUCCUCUUUUCCUUCGCCGGACCUGAAUGUUGCAGGUUCGAGUCCAGGCAGGGCACUGCUGUUGUACCCUUGCGCUAAAGGUACCUGACCAGACCCCUUCCAGUGAAUACCCAGCGGUGUAAAUGGGUAAACGUUUGAGCUGAAGCUUGUCUGAUAAGGCUGUCUGCUUCGCCCGUAAAUGAUGUCAUUUAAAGGCGAGGUGCGUCUGGGACAGAGCUGUUUGUUGGUCAUGCUUCUUUGUGGCGUUCAUGGCUGCAAUCUCUUUUUAAGUGUUAAAAUAGCUAAAUGUUCCCGAUCCUUGUGUGUUUAAUGCAGAUCUGCUGUACCACCCCUCUCCCCCCAUGUCCCAAACCACAGACAGAACUCAUCCUCCCAAACCACAGACAGAACUCUCAUCCUCCACAGACAGAACUCUCAUCCUCCCAAACCACAGACAGAACUCUCAUCCUCCCAAACCACAGACAGAGCUCUCGUCCUCUGAAACCACAGACAGAACUCUCAUCCUCCCAAACCACAGACAGAGCUCUCUUCCUCCCAAACCACAGACAGAACUCUCAUCCUCCCAAACCACAGACAGAACUCUCAUCCUCCCAAACCACAGACAGAACUCUCAUCCUCUGAAACCACAGACAGAACUCUCAUCCUCUGAAACCACACACACAACCGUACUUGAAACAAGUACACGUUAUCAGCGGCAUCAGUGCUUGCGAAGAAGGCAUAAGGUGCUUAUUAAGGCAAAAAACUGAGGGAAACGGAUUAAGAGGCUUUUUAAAUCUGACAGGAUAUGAGCUGGAGAUGUGUCAGGAGCUGGACGUGUGCUCUGGGAGGGAGGGGGGGGGAGUGAGUGCGCAGAUGUUCCCUUUCCACAAAAGUGAUGUGAGCGAGGGAUCCUCCCCCCACCUAUUCCAGCCAGUCUCAUUCCCAGUCCUUUGGUGGUUGACGGCACGGUUGCUGAGUUAGGGUUGUUGCAGCCUUACUCUUUCAGCAUCAGCAGCGUAGAGAGGGCCCGGCAGAACCGGCCACUGCGGGGGUCUCCUGGAGGUCAGGGGGUUCUGGGAGGUACAGGGCCCCAUCACCUUGUGUGGUCCCGUUGGCCUGCCCUGCUCGCACCCCUCUUGGCUUUUGUGUGUUGUUUUUGUUGAAACCGUUUCUGUCCUCCAGACAACACAUGGCGCUGAGUACACAAUGUGAGCAAUGAGACUCAUUUCAACAAGAGAAUCAAAUCGGUUAACAGGAAAUGCAUAUUAACUCGUUCCCUUCGUCAUAGAAAGGGGGCGCUGGAUACUUUUUCUAUAACCAAAAUGUGGUGUUUAGUGAAUAAUUUUUAAUAAUGUACAGUUUUCUGUGACUUUAAAUUUAUUCCUUUCUAUAUUUUUAGGACCAAGCUAUCAUUUCUAAGAGGAGGCAUUAAGGAACAUGUUGUACUGAUGUGAUGUUACACGUGUGCAUUUGUACAAUGUACUGUUGAGUUGAAUAAAGCCACAUCUAGUAGAGGUAUAA